AUGGGGCUGAUGCGGGAGGGGGCCGGCGAGGCGGCGGCCCUCGCCAACGUCGUGCAGGCGCAUUACCGGGAGGCCCUGGGGCUUCUGCGGCCCCUCGCCGAGGCGGUUGAGCAAAACGCGCAGGACUUUAACGUGGUGUGGACGCUCUGGCAGGGGCUCUUGCGCGGCUCCGACGCCGCCUACGAGGCGGAGCGGACAGGGGAGGCGCGACUGACCUACGGGAGCCUCCUUGUCGCCUUUUCCCGCGUCGCCGCGGGGCUGGACCCGAGGACGAGGCGGCAAAUCCUGCAGGAUCUGAGCUCGGCGACCACGCGGAAUAGCAGGGCGGGCUUGCACGACUCCAACACCGUCCGGGAGGCGUUGGUCGCCGCCCUCGGCGCCUGCCUCUCGCCGGCGCACGCUCAGACGAUCUUUAACCAGCUCUCCGCCCCGGCGAAUCGAUCGUUUUUGGACGCCACGGACCUCGCGAUGGGGACGAUGCUGCAAGCCCCUUCCCGGGCCUUGGAUGGCGCGCUUUUUUUCUUCAGCUUUGCCCUCCAGCGGUAUCGUCUUUCCAUGAAUGUCGUCCACGCCUUGGCGGCGCGGAUUCUGCUCGAGGGAAAUGAAAAUCGCGCGAUGGGGGAGGCGGUGAAGGUGGUGUAUACGGUUUUGGAUACCGGCGUUCAGUCGCAACGUGGGCGACUGGAUCCGCAACCGGAGCGGACCUUUUUUCUCCGAAUGUUGAGCUUUUACGCUGCCCUCCACAAUUCAACGGAGGAAAAUGGUGAAAACGGACCAGGCGGAAAGUCUUUUCUGGCUACCGAGGAGCAGAUUCAUGCUGCCGCGCGCGUUCUCAGGGAGUGGAUUUCAGAAACGACGACCGGCGCGUAUGAGGGGUCUUCUGCGCAAUCCAUUCCCCCCCCAACGACCUCAGCUCUUACGAUUCGCUUACUGCAAUCCGUUUGGAUUUUUCUUUUCCAACACUUUGAGCGCGAAGCCGCUGAAAACUCCCACGACGAUCAAAAUAACCCGUUAUUCGAUACUCUGAGGGAUGUACUAAAGGCGAUGUCCCGUGGUCUUUUGCAGGGAUCCGAGAGGCUCUCUCACUCGCUGGCGACGGCGUUUACUUCCUCCACGCAUGCCUUAUCGCGGGAGAUUUGCUCGAGCUCCUGUGAUCCAUUUUUGAAGUCCAAUUUCCCAAUCUGCCAACACACUUCUAAUCAUGAUAAGGCAGGAUUCAAAGAAGAUGAGUCUCGCACGUCCGUAAACGCACUAUCGGUGAGGCUUUUACAUUUCCCAGACUACUUCAACGCCUAUGAUUGCCUUUCGGCAUGGGGGGUAGACGAGAUUCAAACCUUUUUAGAGCUCGUUGAACAGCUUCUUACAGGCUCAGAUCGCAUUACGAAAGGGGAGGAUUCCCAGUAUUGGUGGAUCCGGCUGUGGGAUUACUGCACCUUGGCGGAGCUUGAGGCGCAUCUUCACCGAUUUACCCUUGGUGAUGAUCGGCGUCAUCGUAGUCCAUCCAAUAACGCGCACGACAAGGGUCAAAGGGGUCGAUUUUUCUGCCCAUCCGGCUUACGCGCGGCGACUUCGAAGGGAACGCCCCUGAAGGUGAGGGUUUUAGACGGUUUGGCCGAUACCGAGCUCGCCCUUUGGUUAUUCCGACGACAAUUACACGACCAAAGAAGGGAUGGCGAGGUCUGGCAAGAAGCGAAUCUCAUGAUGGUCGAGGUUGAGGAGGUUAUGAGGGGGAAAGGGAUUCAACUACCACGAUCAUUUUCCAAACCUCAGGAAAUGCUGGUCCGUAAGUGGCUGCGAGAGUAUUACAAGGAAAGCAAAUUAUCGGAGGCGCUCCUAGCCCCGUCGUCAAUUUCCGAUCUCCAGUUUUUCACACGAACGCUAGAGCAAAUGUUUUUUGAAAAGGCCUCAGGCGGGCGGGAGUAUGUUGAAUCGCUUGAAACCCCCAACGACGUCCAAACUGCAGAGGAGACGCCGCGGACGGAAACGACGAAGGAAGCGCAUGGCCUGAGCAAUAUGUUCAUCACGCUCUAA